UUCGCACUUCGACUUCCCUGUCUCUUUAUUGCCUGUGCUCCCCUGGUUCCCAGGUUGCAGCGCGGCAGCAGCUCUCGCUCACGGUCGCAGCACCUCCGGCCUACGCUAUCGGACUUGACCUCUCGUCCUCUCCAUCCAGGUCUUCUCUCCCUCAACCAAGCUCUCAGUUGUGCCUCUUGUUCAUCAAAUUGAAAACCUAAUUGACUCUGUUAUCUAUCAACUACAGCCUUCGUUAUCACUGUGGUUCCAACAGCUGUGUCAUAUACUUGAAGAAACAGAAGUAUAGCUGCUUUUAUUUGAAAGAAUCACUAUUAUCUAGAGAACAUGAAAGUGGAAGAGGUUAAUCGGUGCCAGAUUCAGGAAUGGUAUCCAAAAUUUAAAUCAGUAUCCAUCAAAACCAUAAUCCAUCAACUUCCAGAAUCUUUCGUUGACUACCUUCUCAAUGACUCUGGGCUCUUCUUGUUGCCAGUUUCUGUCUCAAAUGAAGAUCCCUUUCCCAAUCGAAUUCAUAAUCCUGAUGAGGAAGAUGAUUAUCAAGUUUCAGAAGGAUCUGGUGAUGAAGCAGAAGAACCUUCACCACCUCCUUCUUUUCCAGAACUUGAAUUGAAAGUUAAGGAAUCCAUUGAAUCCCUUGGAGGUGCAGUCUUCCCCAAGCUGAAUUGGAGUGCACCGAAAGACUCUGCUUGGAUAAGUACCAGUGGUACCCUCCAGUGCACCACUUUCGGUGAAAUUGCACUCUUGCUCCGAUCAUCUGACUCAUUGGUCCAUGACUUGUGUCAUGCUUAUGAUUCCAGUGAUGAUAAAUCUUCAUCUAGGCCCCAAAACUUCUUCCUUGCCCUUCGCAAGUGGUACCCAUCCCUUCGGCCAGAGAUGGAGUUUCGGUGUUUUGUUCGAGGGAAGAAACUAAUUGGCAUUUCGCAGCGUGAGGUGACUACUUUUUAUCCUGCUUUGGUUGAAAAGAGGAAUGAUCUCCUCUUAGUCAUGCAGGUUUUCUUCAACAAUAAUGUGAGAGCUGUAUUUGAAUCAGAACACUACGCAUUUGAUGUUUACAUUACAAAGGAUGAGAGGGUUAAGGUAGUGGAUUUCAACCCAUGGGGUGCUUUUACAUUGCCAUUGUUGUUUACAUGGGAGGAACUUGAGCAGAUUCUUAAUGACGGAGAUAAUGUGGAGUUCAGGAUUAUUGAAGAUCGUUGUGCUGUUAGGCCAGGGCUCAAGACAGCAGUUCCAUAUGAUUACUUGGAUACCAGCCCUGGAAGUGGUUGGGAUCAAUUUCUGAGGAAUGCAGAUGAAGAGUUGCAAAGACAAUCUAGGCCCCGAGAAGCUGGUGCCUGAGAGGGGAAGCUAAACAAAGUUGUUCUCCAUCAUGACUUGUGAAAACUACACCCACAAGUUGCACAUGCAAGAGAGAGAAAAAGAAGAGAAGCUUUUGUACAGAAAUUAGGGAAAAAAGGAUUGAAAAUGAGUGGAUAAAGUUAAGCAGUGUUGUCUGUGUUUUGUUCCAGUCCUUCUUAGGGCUCUCCUGCUCCUUCUCCUUUUUUAUUCUUUUCAUCUCUUCUUUCUUGCUCCUUUCCGCCCACUCUGCCUCUAUCUGCGAACAUACCUCUCAGUUUGUAACAUCAGACCCAUCAGAUCAGAAUUGUCGUGGGCUCAUUUCAAUUACAUUUCAACAAAAUUUAAUACUG